CCCCUCCCGAGCCCUAUCGAGUUCAAGACAAACUUCUUCCAUUGUAUCGAAGGCAAACGGCACGAUCAUGAAAUUCGUCGAUGUCGUCGUAGCUGGAGGAACGCUAUUCGGGCUUGCAGCUGCCCAAGGCUCUCUAUCAGUGCGUGAAGCAUCGGUUUCAACUGCUGCGCCGAUACCGGGCAACUACACGGGGGUCUUGCGGCCUCAGAUCCACUUUUCACCGCCUCAGCAAUUCAUGAAUGAUCCCAAUGGAUGCUUCCUCGAUUCGAAUGGAACGUGGCAUCUCUACUAUCAAUACAAUCCUACAGAUCUGGUCGCGGGGAACCAGCAUUGGGGUCAUGCCACUAGCACGGACCUGUAUCACUGGAUCAACCAACCUAUCGCCAUUUCUCCGCCCGACGGUGACUCUCAGGUGUUCAGUGGUUCCGCGGUUGUGGACGUCAACAAUACGUCCGGCUUCUUUCCGGAUCAGGAUAACGGUGUUGUGGCUAUAUACACCUUGAACACGCCUACGGCACAAAUCCAAGAGAUCUCGUACUCACGCGAUGGUGGCUACACCUUCGAGGCCUUCGAGGGCAAUCCUGUUAUCAAUAGCACCUCCCUCCAAUUCCGGGAUCCCAAGGUCAUCUGGUUCAAGGAUCACUGGGUUAUGGUCGUCGCGUACUCGCAAGACUUCGCGAUCGGGAUCUUCACUUCGCCUGAUCUGAAGGAAUGGACACAUGCUUCCAACUUCACGCAUCGUGGUCUACUCGGCCUCCAAUACGAGUGCCCGAACCUGGUGGAGGUACCCGUGAAUGGCACCGACGACACGAUGUACCUCCUGGCUAUUAGCAUCAACCCGGGUGCACCUCUCGGUGGGAGCAUCACGGAAUACUUUCCCGGCACCUUCAAUGGAACGCAUUUCACCCCUGUUGAUGAUGCGGCUCGCAUGGCCGAUUUCUCGAAGGACAACUACGCCGGCCAGUUCUUCUACGGCACGCCGAAAGGGCAGGAUGCCGUUUCCAUCGCUUGGGCUAGCAACUGGCAGUACGCACAGAUGGUGCCGACGGCUACCGAGGGCUGGCGGAGCGCGAUGUCGCUGCCGCGCCGCAACUUCCUGACGAACAUCACCCGUCUGGGUUGGGAUCUGGUGUCCGUCCCCUACGACCUCAGCCCCAUUCUUGGGGACGUGCUCGCGAGCAACGAUUCCCUCGGCAAUGGAACCAUCGAGGUCAACUACACUUCCGUGGAGUCUAACGCCCUCUACUUUGAGGCGAACGUCACCGGGCUGGCAUCAAGCGCAAUCUCCGCCUCUGCGACCCUUAACUUCACAUUCUCUUCCCUUGACACAGGAGAGCGCCUGUCCGGAGGUUAUUACUUCGGAAACGAUAACGCUUUCUUCCUCGACAGAGGCCAGACGCGAGGCUUCGAUAACCCCUUCUUCACGGACAAGUUUUCGACUUCAGAUCUCCUCGAUCCGAGUGGCACAUGGAGCGUGUCGGGAGUAAUCGAUAGGAGUAUCUUCGAGGUGUUCUUGGACCGCGGCACGUAUAGUGCUACGACGACCUUCUUCCCCACCCAGCCGUUGACGCUGUUCACGCUGAAGACCGCUGAUUUACCGGAGGGAGCAGUGGUCAGCGUUGUGGUUCGCGCGGUGCAGAGCGCUUGGGCUAGAGAAGCGGACGCUCAGGGAACGGUGCUUGGGAAUGUUAGCGCGACCGCAUAACAGGGACGCGAAGAUAAUUCUACGGAAAUGCGAGAUGUAAAACAGCUUCGUCAGACUCCCUCAGAGAGGCUGCGCUGAAACCGCGUCUAAUAAUAGACGAGAUCACC